AUGGUAAUUGCUAUUGUUCCUAAUAGACGUCUACGAACAGUUCGGAAUGUAUUAUUAGUCCAUUUAGGUUCGGUGGGUUUAAUGGCGUGUGUGAUAACAACCUUCGUACCGGCUAUAGUGGUUUUAAAUCGUGAAUGGAUAGGUGGCAAUGUAAGUUGCCAAAUUUAUGCGUUCAUCAAUUCCCUGUUAACAUGUGUUUCAGUAUGGACUAUAACAGCUUUAAGUUGGGAUAAAUAUCAAACGAUAGCAGCGCCGUUACAUCAUUCCCUUACAGCAACUUUUAGACGUAUGUCCGGCUGUUUCCUCACCUUCUGGGUAUGUGCAAUAUGUCUGUGUUUACCGCCGUUAAUAGGCGCUAGUGAAUAUGCUUUACAUCCUGCUAUGGGCUUGUGUACUGUACGGGGAUCUACGUUUCACCAUCGUUGGUACACCAUGGCCUAUAUCUGUUGUGCGUUCUGUAUUCCGUUGGCAUUAGUUGUGUAUUGUUAUGCUCAUAUCUUUAGGAUCGCUCGAAACCAAAGU